AGAAAAACUUCGUAAUACAAUCAUAUUCAGAUUUUGACAGAGGAAAAUGGAGGAAAGUAGCUCCGACAACGAUUUGCUGAGGAUCUUAGGAGCCAUUAGAUCCUCUGAGAUCGUUGAGAAUCGAGUUCAGCUGUUUACCGAGCUUGGAAAUUUAGAUUUCAAGGAUAUAUCCAACUUUACUUCACUUGUGGACUGCCUCAUAGCAUUUUGGGAAGAUUUUACUUGUUUGGAUGUCACACAGUGCAUGCUAAACAGAAGUAUUAUUCAAUUGGCGUUGAAGUAUGUUGAGUUUGACCUUCAUAGCAGCAGCAUAUUGAAGAUUCUCAACCUUGGAAUUAAGGCAAACGCUUGGUGCAGUAAGCAUCUAAAAAUGACUCUUUUGUCAAACCAAGAAUCUCAGGAAGAGGAACAUGUCUCUGUAUUUUAUCAGCUGCUUCUGGAGGCUAUGAGGUUUUCUGCAUCAACUUUCUUGGCCUUGAUGAAAUUUCCAGUAUUUGAUGACAGGGUAUUGAUGGAUGCUGUUGCCAACUUCGUUUUGGAAGCUUUAAGUUUAGCAAAAGCUUCCAUAUCAGAUGUUAAGAAACUUCAAUCGUUUGGAUCAGAAAUAUUGAAGGUUGCACACAUGAUGAUUGAUGCUGUCAUAAAACUAUGCAAGGCACUUUCUGAAUCAGUAAACUCGGAUACCUAUGAUGUAAAGCUAUUGAACCUUGACAAGGAUAAUAACAAAAUGGUCCAUGUUAUCAACAUAACAAGAUGUGCAAUAGAAAAGUUAUCUCAGAUUGGUGUCCUUGCUGCUAAUGAUGGGGGCAAUUCAGUUAACAUUCUUAAUGUGACAUGGAAAGGUGUAGUCUCUUUGCUUCAAAUUGGUCAUAAAUAUUUAGCAGAAAUAGUAAGCAUAGCAAAUGUACUGGUAGGUUUAAUUGCGUUGGUAACUGAGCCUCUGAAAUGCGCGGCUGUGGCUUGGUCUUCACCCAAGGAUACUGUUUCUAAAACUGAAGCUAAAAGGAUUCUGGUGCCAGUGAAAUUUUAUCUAAUUAACGCAGUAAAAAUCGCCUCACUGUAUCCUCAUCAAGCCUAUGCAGUAUACAGAGACAUUAUGCUCUGCGUCAUCAAGAUCACAACUUUAAAGAUUGCAACGAGCAAUGAAAUCUUUCUGGAAAGUGUAUGUACAGUGACUACUGAACUUUUGGAGCAAACAAGCAUGGAUCUGGCAAUGUCUUUGCUAAAUUCUGAUGAACUGAAAUUUGAACAGAAGUCUGAAGUACUGGAGUGGUUGUUCACUAAUGAAGGGGAUUCUUAUUCUACUGUUGAUGCUCCGACCUUAGCUAAUUGUAGCUUAACAUCUACGAAUGAGAUCUUUGACCUUAGAUGUGAAGAUAUGAACAGAGAAAGAAUACUAAUGACAGCUCGAGUUGCUUUGUUUAUUAAUUUCCUGAGAUGUUCUCUAGAAUUUGAUGAAGGCCUAAAAUUAGGACUUGCACGCAAACUUCAACGGUUUCUUGAUAUUUUAGUUGAAGAAGAUGUAUAUUCUAACGUACUGUUUUUAAAACUCCCUUUAUUGCGUGGGUCUGGGAAUACAAUCCAGCUGGUUUGGCAACCGCUGUUUACUUCUCUCUUGCAUGCAGUCAAAACCUUCAUGAUUGUGGUAUCUUCAACCGCUGCUUGGGGGGACAUGGAGUCAUUUUUACUUGAGAAUUUCUUUCAUCCUCACUCUCUUUGCUGGGAGAUAGUGAUGGAAUGCUGGUGCUUUAUGCUGCGACAUGCAGAAACAGACUUGGCAUAUAGCAUGAUUAGCAAACUGUGUUCGUUACUUAAGCUUCUGGCAUCCUCAGAAUCUGUUGCCCUUCCUAAUUCUUCAUUCCGAAUAUUGGCAAGAUCAAUAUGCUUUUUGCUAACGUAUGGUGCAAAACCAAUGGUUAAUCAGGUCUAUAUGUCACUUGUUGAAGAUGCCACAACUCAUUUGUCGUCAAUUUUAUGUUUGGCCCUGUUCAUUGAAGGUUUUCCAUUGGAUUCAUUAUCAGAUAAGUUGAGAAAUACUGCCAUUCAAAGAGUCAUAUCAGACUAUUUCGAGUUCAUAGACAGCUUUGAUGAAGCAUCAUUGAAGACAAGCAUUUCUGGUCGAUGUGGCAUUCCAGUCUCUAUUCUAUCUGCUUCUUUGCAAUCAUUCCAGACCUCUAUACCUUAUAUUGAUCCAAGGACCUUGAAGCUUUUGGUGUCAGUUACUCGUAAUUUUAAAGGUUCUGAGGACAAAGUAAUUAAGGACCAUUGUCUUGCCCUUUUGGGUGAACUCCUGCAGAUGAUCUCAAAUUUGGGACAUCUGUACUCAUCAAAUGGUAUUGAAGAAGCCAUCUUGGAGAUUGAAAAUACCUUUGUCUCCGGGCCAACAGCAUCUGAUGGCUGCUUGCACAAAUGCAAACCACAUUUGGCUCAAUUCAUGGCAGGACUAAUACACACAGAAUUAUCAGAGAUUGAUGAUGAUGAUUCAAAGAACUGUGCUGUUCUGAACCUGUUUCACAUGCUUUUGAAAGAGAAGCACUGGGCCUUCAUUCAUUUGGCAUUAACAGCAUUCGGAUAUUUCGCCAUGCAUACCAAGUACAACAAGCUAUGGAGAUUCGUUCCACCCGAUGCAGCCCUUUCAUAUGAUCUAGUUUCAGGAGCAGAAUCAGACCAAGAUAGAUUUACCGAGGAGAUCAAGGCAUUUCUUAACAAGGAAAUGGCUCUUCUCUCAACUGCACCAAACACUGAACAACUUGAGCUGCUUGCAAGAGAUGGCCGGGUUCUGAAGCAAAUGGUCCAUAAAAUACCCAACAUAGCUGAAGCAGAAGUAAAAUGUGUGAGCAUGGAAGUUGAUGAUGAUCAUAAUAACUGUUCCAAUAAGAAAAGGAAACUUCGUGAUGGGAUUAUCAAAGGUGUGGAAUUGCUUAAGAGUGGUUUGAAGAUUAUUGGGGAUGGUCUUUCCCAGUGGGAUCAGAAUCAGUUUGGGAACAAUGAACUUCAUGUCAAGUUCUUGACUCAGUUUUCUCAACUGGAGAAUGUAGUUACUCACUUUGGGGAAUUGGCUGGCAACAGAGAGUUAUGUUCAUCCCUUGGUUCAGAGCACUUCUCCUAAAGCUGAUUAGCCAAUGUUUCAGUUGUAUAAAAAUCUCAAUAGGCAUCCUUACCAGUAAAAUUCCGUCUCCUUUUUACUUUUACCCUUACAUAUUUUAUCUUCAUUUUUCAAAAUCUUCUGUGUUUGUGUGUGUGUUUUCAAAUGUGAACGUAAAUACAAGAUCUGGUCGUUGGCAAUGUUUUUGGACAGUACUCCUGCUUAGUGUGAACUGUGAAGACCCGUGCCAGUACUCCUGCCUACUGUGAACUGUGAAGACCCCUGAGAUCCGCGCACACAUUUUUCAAAA